AUAUCGAAAAACAAUCGACGAAAACUCCGCGGAAUAAACACAAAUAAAAAGUCGAGAAUCUUUUUAUAAAGUGAUUGAUUUUUCCAAGGUACUUUGACUAUUUGUCAAUCUAUUGGACGUCACUAGGUAACUGUAGACCAUCCCCGUGGAGGUCUAGGAGUUGCCCGUCUAACCCCACGUAAGCGCUUAUCAGUUUCAGUUCAGUGUCUGUGAUAUCAAUCCGCGGGUCGUUUCUGCCAAAUUGAAUUCAUUUUAUACGGGGUGUUUAGUUUUUGGGCAGCCGUUUUGUGAAAAUAAUUUGAUAGUUUGAAUUUGGUAGUGAUUGGUUUGAUCGGCUCUUUAUGAGUAACAUGGUUUUCCACAUUUUUUAAGAACGGUUCAUGGCCGGGAUAUCUGGUUCGGCAGGCAUCCAUGCUCGCCUUCUGUACUCCCCUUUUGCCCGCCAUCGACAUCGCCGACCGCCUUCAACUCCACCAAGCCGACUGCGACUGCGCCAUUUUCUGACCAGUUUCCUAAGUCCGAACCUUAGCCAUCCACCUUACCAGAUCAAUUCUACUUAACCAAAAAGACAACGAAAGAGUUAGGCCCCACGAUUCAUUUUCUACCUCUGCAAUAUUUAUAUAUAUAAACGUAUUUUAUAGUUUUUUACUACUAUAUCUUUAUAUACCUGUAGACUUAAGAAUAAAGUGGCCUUAUUUUCAUACCUGAAGUUAGGAAUUUGAGAGGAAUUAUUAUUAAUUAAUAUUUUUUAAGUGACCUUAUAUGUUUGCAUUUAAGUCUGUGGCGUUCAUAUUGUACCUGUACCUGCUUUGACCCUCAUCCUAUAUUCCUAAAAAUGGUGGGCAGGUCUUCGUUUAGAAGUAGUAGUAGAACACAUGCCGUAGAUAAUCAGAGAAGAAUUCACGCAAAUGACAGAGUUUUUAACUCUCAAUUUCGUUAUGCUAGUAACUACAUAAAGACCUCAAAGUACUCGUUACUGACGUUCCUGCCAUUGAACUUAUUCGAACAGUUUCAACGCUUGGCGAACUUCUAUUUUUUGUGCCUUCUCGUGUUACAGUUGAUACCAGCGAUCAGCAGUCUCACGCCAGUUACCACAGCGCUACCCCUCAUCGGUGUGCUCGGACUCACUGCCGUCAAGGAUGCCUAUGAUGACAUUCAACGUCACAUUUCGGACUCGCAUGUCAACAAUAGAAAAUCUAGGGUGGUCAGGAGAGGACAGUUGGUCAAAGAAAAAUGGUCGGCAGUCCAAGUGGGAGAUAUUAUUCGAAUGGACAAUAAUCAGUUCAUAGCAGCCGAUGUUUUAAUUUUAACGUCUAGUGAACCGAAUGGAUUAUGUUACAUAGAAACCUCCGAAUUAGAUGGGGAGACAAAUUUAAAAUGCAGACAGUGCCUAUUAGAAACCGCAGAGAUGGGUCAGAACGAUGCCUUAUUGGGAGAAUUCGACGGAGAAAUUCUCUGCGAGAUGCCCAACAAUCUCCUUAACAAAUUCGAAGGAGUGUUAAUAUGGAAGGGGAAGUCCUAUUCUUUGGACAACGACAAAAUCAUGUUGAGAGGAUGCGUGUUGAGGAACACGCAAUGGUGCUACGGUGUCGUAAUCUUUGCUGGUAAAGACACAAAGCUUAUGCAAAAUAGCGGGAAGAGUAAAUUUAAACGCACGAGCAUUGAUAGGCUCUUAAAUUUUUUAAUCAUAGGAAUAGUAUUUUUUUUAUUGUCCAUGUGCCUUUUCUGUAUGGUGGCGUGUGGUAUAUGGGAGUCCCUCGUUGGCCAGUACUUCCAGACAUACCUCCCAUGGGACACGCUGGUGCCUACGGAACCUCUAGGUGGCGCCACCAUCAUAGCCCUAUUGGUGUUUUUCUCCUACGCUAUCGUCCUAAAUACGGUGGUGCCAAUAUCUUUGUAUGUUUCCGUCGAAGUCAUCAGAUUCGUGCAAAGUUUUUUAAUUAAUUGGGAUGAACAGAUGUACUAUGAAAAGACGGGGACACAUGCCAAAGCUAGGACUACAACACUUAACGAAGAAUUAGGCCAAAUAGAAUAUGUAUUUUCCGACAAAACUGGUACGCUUACACAAAACAUAAUGACAUUUAACAAGUGUUCGAUAGCAGCCCGAUCGUACGGUGAUAUCAUUGACCAGAGGACGGGAGACGUCAUCGAGAUCACCGACGAAACUGAACAUUUAGAUUUUUCAUUUAAUCCCAACUAUGAAGCCGAGUUCAGGUUCUAUGACAAACACCUUCUAGAAGCUGUGCGGAAACGAGAUGCAGAUGUAUUUAGUUUUUUUAGACUGUUGGCAUUAUGUCAUACCGUCAUGUCCGAACACAAUGAGGGAAAAUUGGAAUAUCAGGCACAAUCUCCUGACGAAGCGGCGCUAGUAUCUGCAGCGAGAAAUUUCGGAUUCGUGUUCAAAGAACGAGCUCCCAACAGUAUUACAAUCGAAUGUAUGGGAAUCAAAGAAGUGUACGAACUACUCUGUAUUUUGGAUUUUAACAACGUCAGAAAGCGAAUGUCGGUAAUCCUGAGGAGAGAUGGCAAACUAAAGUUAUAUUGUAAAGGAGCUGACAACGUCAUCUAUGAAAGACUUAAAAACGGCCAAGACGAAGUUAAACAGAAGACACAGGAACAUCUUAAUAAAUUCGCUGGAGAAGGCUUGAGAACAUUGGUGUUGGCUUCUUGUGAUUUGGACGAAGUAUUUUUUAACAACUGGAAACAAAGACACCAGGAAGCAGCCGUUUCGUUAGAAGAUAGAGAAGAAAAGUUGGACGCCCUCUACGAGGAAAUAGAGAAAGAUCUAGAAUUGGUUGGAGUGACCGCCAUAGAAGACAAACUACAAGAUGGGGUCCCUCAAACUAUUGCAAAUCUCAUACUAGCUGGAAUUAAGAUUUGGGUACUUACUGGUGAUAAACAAGAGACUGCCAUCAAUAUUGGUUACUCGUGCCAACUCCUGACGGACGAACUGGUGGAUCUCUUCAUAGUGGAUGCUUCCAGUUUCGAAGAAGUCCAGCAACAGCUCCUUAAGUUCCGCGACAACAUUAAAAUCGUCCACACGUUUCAACCCCUUAGUCCCAACGCCAACCAAACGUCAAACGGUCGUGUAGAUUCUGGCGAGUCGUCUAGGGGAGGCAGCACCGUCUUCACUCCCCAGACGCUGGCUAGUCCACCGGCGGUCAGCGUCGUCACAUUCAGGUGGGACGAUGAACAUUCUACACAAAGUGAUAAUUCGAGAGCAAGCACAGAGCUCGCAUAUCACGGAGGUAUUGAAGAAACAGGACCACCUGAGGAGACUUCGGGAGGUUUCGCGAUCGUCGUCAACGGUCAUUCUUUGGUGCACUGUUUACAUCCCCAAAUGGAAAGGUUGUUUUUGGAAGUUGUCAUGCAAUGUAAAUCUGUGAUUUGCUGUAGAGUGACUCCAUUACAAAAGGCGUUGGUGGUGGAAUUGGUUAAGAAGAACAAACAAGCCGUGACGUUGGCUAUAGGUGACGGAGCGAAUGACGUGUCAAUGAUUAAAGCUGCACAUAUUGGAGUUGGAAUAUCGGGCCAAGAAGGAAUGCAAGCUGUUCUAGCUUCUGACUACUCAAUAGCACAGUUCAGGUUUUUGGAGAGGUUACUGUUGGUACAUGGAAGAUGGUCCUAUUACAGGAUGUGUAGCUUUUUAAGAUACUUCUUCAACAAGAACUUUGCGUUCACGCUGUGCCAUUUUUGGUAUGCCUUCUUUUGCGGGUUUAGCGCUCAGACUGUCUUUGAUCCCAUGUAUAUAUCAAUCUACAAUCUUUUCUAUACAUCGUUGCCCGUCCUAGGGGUCGGCAUAUUCGACCAAGACGUAAAUGACAAGAAUAGUGUCCUAUACCCACAGUUGUAUAAACCAGGUCACUAUAACCUUUUCUUCAACAAAAAGGAAUUUUUUAGAAGUGCUCUUCAGGGCUGCUUCGUCUCAAUGGUGCUUUUCUUUGUUCCUUUUGGUACUUACUUGGAUGCAGUUGCCUAUAAUGGUCAAAGUUUAUCAGACUAUAUGUUAUUUUGUAGUGUGACUGCAGCUAUACUAGUUAUCGUUAAUACUGCACAGAUCGCCUUGGACACAAUGUAUUGGACGGUCUUCAACCACAUUAUGAUAUGGGGCUCUCUGGCAUUUUAUUUUAUAGCGGACAAUUUUUAUAACUACCUUUGCCGCGGCCCGUACGUCGGCUCUUUGAUAAAAGCGAUGUUAGAAGUGAACUUUUGGUUCACAACCGUCCUUGUCGUUAUCAUUUGUAUAAUGCCUGUGCUGGCGUGGAGGUUCUACUUCGUAGACGUGUUCCCUACCUUAUCUGAUAGGGUUAGGUUGAAGCAAAGGAUGGCACAGGUGCGAUCUAGACAUAGUCACGACGCCUUAAGAACGCCUUCUGCAAGACGAGUAAGACGUUCGAUACGUUCUGGCUAUGCUUUCGCCCACCAGGAAGGUUUCGGUCGUCUCAUCACGUCCGGAAAGAUUAUGAGAAAGUUACCUAACACCGACUUCAUUAUAAACAAAUUAAACAUGACUUCUACAGGAGGUGAACACCACCAUCAUCAUAAAAAUACCUCAACGGGAAGUGCUGCCCCGCCGUCAGAUGGAAGCAGUAGCGGAGGUCCUGGCAGGGCACCCAUUCAAGAUUUGGACACCAUCAAUCUAUGACGAAUGUGCUCUGCUUAGACAAAAAGGGCAAUGUUUUGUUUUUGCUACUUAAGAUUAAAAGUAUUGUUUUGGUUGUUAAACUAAUCGCGAAAGUGGAAAAUGAAUGUUUCUUUUUUUUUGUAUAUAUACAUAUUUUAAUUAGACGGUAGCAUUUUUGCAGAUUAAUCGAGAAUAUUAAUAAUAAUAAUAAUAAAAGAAAUAUGUGGAAUUGUUACACCGAAUAAUAAAUACUUAUUGGAAAUAGAGGCUAUAUAUACAAGGUUUUAUACAAAAAUAAUUGCCGAAUACUUAAAAGAAAUAUACCAUAUAUUCAGCAGUGAAAAAUAUAUACAAUACAUACCAUAAAACUCUAUUCGAAUAUAUACAGUGUGGCCCAUUUAAAUUGGAAAUAUCCCUGCAAAAUCUGAAGUUGUUCACCGAUUUCAAAUUUUGUUAAUAUUUAGAUAAUAAAAUAUGUACUUCAAAUCAAAAUUUAAAAAGUUUAUUCAAAUGCUUCAGACAUAUACAUACUUUGAAUACUUGAAAAUAUUUGAAAAUUUGAAUAAAACUUGUAAAGUUUUAUCUGAAGUGCAUUUAUUACUUGUACACCAUUAUUUAUUAACUUGCUACAUAUUUGACGAAAAAUGACUAAAAUGAUUUACCUUUUAAGUUACUCCUGUUAAGUUACUGAUUUUUAUUUAAGGGCGUCACACGGUAUAAUGAAAUAAAAAUUUGUAGUUUUACAAAUAAUACACAGCUUUUUUAAAUUUCUAAUAAAAAACCAAAAAAAUCCAUUGCAUUGUAUGUGUUUUAGAAAGCUUUAAGAAAAAUGACAAAAACUAAAUAAAGUGUCUUGAAAAUCUUAAAUUGUCAAGAUCUGUGAUAAUAUAUAAAGUAGAAAAUAGUUUGACACAAAAAGUGAAAUUUGAUAAAAUUAUACCUGUUUUACAUUCAACAUUAAGUAUAAUGAAUGUCUAUACAGGGUGUCCCGAAAAGAUUGGUCAUAAAUUAUACCACAGAUUCUACGGUCAAAAAUAGGUUGAUUGAACCUCACUUACCUAUAUACAAUAGUGCACACAAAAAAAGUUACAGCCCUUUGAAGUUACAAAAUGAAAAUCGAUUUUUUUUCAUAUAUCGAAAACUCUCUGAGAUUUUUUAUUGAAAAUAGACAUGUGGCAUUUUUAUGGCAGCAACAUCUUAAAAAAAUUAAGUAGAAUUUGUGCACCCCAUACAAAUUUUAUGGGGGUUUUGUUCCCUUAAACCCCCCCAAACUUUUGUGUACGUUCCAAUUAAAUUAUUAUUGAGGCACCAUUAGUUAAACACAUUAUUUUUAAAACUUUUUUGCCUCUUAUUACUUUUUCGAUAAGCCAGUGUUUAUCGAGAUAUUUCGAAUAUUUGUCGAAUCCACCACAUAUUUGUAUAUGGUUAAGUACGGUUAUAGAGACCUGUUAAUAAUCUGAAAAUUUAUUUAUAAUUUACAUUUUUAGGUAUAUUUUGAAAAAGAAGCUACAUCUUGAUAAAAGGUGACUUAUGAACAAAAGACUAAGAGGCAAAAGUUUUAAAAACACUGUGUUUAACUAAUGGUACCACAAUAAUAGUUUAAUUGGAACGUACACAAACAUUUGGGGGGUUUAAAGGAACAAAACCCCCAUAAAAUUUUUACGGAAAUAUAUUGAAAAAGAAGCCGCAUCUCAAUAAAAACGAGCUUAUCGAAAAAAUAUUAAGAGGCAAAAAAGUUUUAAAAACAUUGUGUUUAACUAAUGGUACCACAAUAAUGAAUCAAUUGGAACGUACACAAAAGUUUGGGGGGGUUUUAGGGAACAAAAUCCCCAUAAAUUUUUUAUGGGGUGGACAAAUUUCACUAUAAUUUUGUUUUAAGAUGAUCCUGCCAUAAGAAUGAUACAUGUCCAUUUUCAAUAAAAAACCUCUAAUAGUUUUCGAUAUAUUGAAAAAAAUCGAUUUUAAUUUUGUAACUUCAAAGGGCUGUAACUUUUUUUGUGAGCACAUUUGUACUAAGGUAAGUUAGGUUCAAUCGAACUAUUUUUGACCUUAAAAUGUGUGGUAUAAUUUAUGACCAAUCUUUUCGGGACACCCUGUAUAUUACAUUUGCAAAACAUUAUCAUAACAAUUUCUUUUUUCUUUAUAAAUGGUAUGAAAAUUUUAGUAAAAUCUUCUCUAGGAAUACCCUUUCUGAUCUGUGUUGCAUAUUGAUUUCAACAGUGUGACAAUUGUGACAGAAGUGACAGAAUCAAAACCUGCUGAAUCCUAAAUUUUUCGUUAUGCUAAAUCCAAACUAAAGUACAAAUUUCUGAAGAUGUAGAAAAAUGACAAAUUAGUGUGCCAUUUUAUAAUAUUUAUUGAUGCCCCUUUGAUUGAAAAAUACCGGAUACUUUUUGAAAAAUUUACAUUUUUAAUAUUAUUUUUGGUAGGGGAGCAAAGUAUGCUAAUUUUGCAGUCACUCGAGCGUUAUAAGUUAUGGGGACCUAUUGGGUUGUGAUUAUUAGGUCCUAAGACCAAAAAAAGUUAAGUAAAAUUUUCCAUUUUAGUGGGGACUUCCCAUUUUUUAAUUUAAUUUUCCAUUUCUAACAAUCGAUUUUUCCGAUUAUACCGCCAUCUAUCUAUAAUUCGAAAAAAUGUCUCGAAUAAAAGUUUCUUAUUUUUACGCAAAGAAUCCAAAUUUACAAUAAAAAUGUGUGGACCUCAUUUAAGAUUUUAAAGUAACCCCCACCCCACCUCCGUGGGGGUCGUGUUUGGUAUCAUUCGAUAAAUUUUUCAAAAACAUUUUGAAAGUGUCUUUUGCAAUUUUUCGAUCUGAUGUUCAUUUUGCGAAAUAUCGCGGGGUUUGUAUUUAAAAUUUUAAAUUUACCCCCCACCCCUCUUCGUGAGGGGUCCUGUUUAGUACCAUUCGAUAGAUUUGUGAAAAAUAUUAAAGACGUAUUUUUUUGUGAACGUAUUCCCUUUUUUUUGUGAAACUUUUUGACUCACCCAUUUCCUUACGCCCCGCUAAAUUGUGAGAUUUUUGAAAUGUACACUCUUUUGCAUGUACUUAACUUACCUUAUCUUAAUGUGACAAUUUCGAGUAUUUUAAGGAUAUAUUUAUUUUUUCGGGCCCCCCUUAACGAACUUCCCUGUGUUAAAAGCCAAUAUAUGGUAGAAGUACAUUUCAGGGUACCAGGUUUCUCCCCAUAUGAUAAUCUGACGCGCUCGAGUAACUGUAAAAAUCCCCUCUUGGGCUCCCCUACCAUUUAGCCUCCUGACAAAAUUUCAACACAUAGAUCUAGCAGGUUUUGAUUCUAUAGGCCUCAUUUAUUAUAGGCUCUCUAGCGACUCAUAAUGUUUAUUAAGAAUAAAGAAAAUAAAAAAUCAUAAAAGUCAUAGCGUAGCCAAGACAUCUGGGUGAAGAAAUAUAUUUGGGAAAUUGAUCUAUCUUAUCCUGACAGUACUCUGAAAUUUACCAUGUACCUCUACCAAAAUAGCCGUAGACUUAUUCGCUGUUUGUCGUUUUUAUUAAAAAUGUGUCAAUUUUCCUGUACUUAAAAUUCUGUCUUUUGCAAGAAACUAACUUAGUAUUUUGAUCAUAGACUCCUAAGCUAACUUUGAGGUAGAGUUUUAUAAAAUACUGCAUUAGUUGAGAAAAACAAAAAACAAUAUUGAAAAAUAUUCAAUAUAUGAGGUGUAUACUUAUCUGAUCUAGAUAUGUUCACUUGCAGUUAUUUGGACAACUCUUUUGGCUAUUAAUGUAUUAUAUAUGUAAGAAAUUUGUGGUUUGAUAGCUACUAGGCUUAAUUUCUUACUUCAUAAUUUAAAAAAAUAUUUUUGUAAUAUAUCAUAACUUUUACAGUUUGAUAAAACUUUUAUUUUUGGUAUUAUAGUAACAAAUGAUGAUUCGACUUGACAACUCAACUAUUUUUUACACAGUUUGUGUUCUUACAGUAUUAAAAAUCGAUGUAACAGUUACAACAUAUACGCCAAAAACUAAUCAUAUCUUGUUUAAAUGUUGUUAAUUGUCCAUACAUAAUUUUUACCUCUGAAAAUGGAUUUUGGUACAUUGUUAAAUCAACCAUAACUGUUCGACGAGUUUUUAAAGACAUCUGUGAUAAUAGGUUAGAUAGUUGAAUAAUUUAGAUUCACCUCCCUACAUUGGAAAUAGUACUUUAAAACGCUUAGAAAUAGAAUACGAAAUGUAGAAGUGCUGUACUUAAGAAUAAUACUAGGCUCCGCACUGUAAUUCAAAUUGAAAUAUAUAAUGAAUACUUACAUUAGAAUUUAUUGGAAAAUUGAAACAAAUAAAAUAACUACUGUACCUUUAUUGUUUUGACUAAAUAGAAUAUGUAUUACAGGUUUCUUCUAUCUCAAAUUUUAUCAGUUUCCUUGUUUUUAUUCUCUCCUUCGCAGAUAUUUUGGCUCAUCAAGUAUAUCAAUGAUAUCAUCAGGAACCUAUUAUAAAACGUUACACCCUAUUUAUCUUCAAUGUCUACCUCGCCGUACCAUAAAAAGGUACGCAUGCUAUUUAGGUCACCCUAAAUCGCAUGCUUGUGUCAAUAGACCAAGUCACUACACCAAGCUCGCAAGUUGUCCAACUAUGAAGUGCUUCUUCGUCCUGGACUGCGUUUCCCUUGCAUAAUAUUACAAAUAUAGCAACCUAUAUUUGGAAACUCUUAUUACAUGCCCGAUGUACUCCAGCUCUCUCUUCUUGGUGCUUUUUAUAAUCUCAGUAGUCUUGCUGAGACGUUUUAGUAUUGUGGAGUUUCGAAUCUUCUUCACCCAAGAAACUUUUAAAGUUCUUCUAUAGCACCACAUUUCGAAAGCGUCAAGCGUCACAUUUCAAAGGCUGUCAAGCAUUUAAACAUUGCUUCACUUAGUGUCCAUACUUCUACUCCAUAUAGUAGUAUAGAUAAUACAGAUAAUAAUAUGUACAUAUAAAUUAAAAUAUAAUUCAGAAUCAUAUUGUCUACUAUUUUGUGAUAAGUUAACAUUUUCUUCUAAAAUGAUGUAUCAACAAAAGUCGUAUCUGGCGCUACUGCUGGUUCUAAUAAUUUAUCACUUUUAUUAACAGUCCAAGUAGCCCAAUAAAAUAAAAAAAAAUCAAAAUGUAAUUCCGCACAGGUUGGAAUAAAUUUUAUAGCAAAGCUUAGGUGAAUACAAAAGAUAUUUUUAAAAAAGUAUCCAAAUCUUAUGAGGGGAUGAUUGUUUAAAUAAUUAAAAAGGGGUCAUUUUUGCACAAUAUCUACUUUUUUGAUUGCUGAGGUAAUUUACAUUUUAAUGAAGGUAUUUAGGGUAUUUUUCUACAAAGCUGAAGGACAAAUAUUUCACCUAAUAAUAAAUUAAAUUUGACCCCCUAUUUAUUUAGAUAAUUAUAUAUAAAAUUUAAAAAUCAAAUUUGCAGAAAAAUAUUUUUUGCGUUUUAAAUAAGCACUACAAAUUUAUUUUAUUUAAUAGGAGAAGUUGCGCUGUAUUACCAGUAUUAGUAUUAAGCAAAAAAAAUUGGUUAAAAAAUAUUUAAUAAUUUAUGAGAUAUUUAAUUUGUUUAUCAGUUGUUACUAUAUUUUCAAUUGCAAAAACGCGGUUGUUACCAACAGAAUAUAAACCUGCUUAAAAUCUCAUUACUUUUAUUUUUAUGUAUGAUUUCGAUAAAUGUAUUGAUAAAUUUAAAUUUCAAUUUAACUCCCCUCUAAAUUGACAUUUGAAAAUUGUUCUAAUUUGUUUAUAAUUUGUUUUUUUAAUGACGUCGCGGGGAUUAAACAUUUUGAAAUGCUGUUCCGAUAAUCAGGUUCCUGGGAAUUUUUCACUAAUUAACAAAUUUUUUUUGUGGUUUUUUUCUUCUUUUUUUUUUCCUUAUAGUAAAAGAUAUAGUUUUGCUUAUAGAGGGGGUUUCAUUAAGAAUGUCCAAUCUCUGAGUUGUCGAUUCUAGACCUCAAAAUAUUAAGAUUUAACCAAAAUCACUGCAAAAAAUAUGGCUCCUUAUUGAGUUACAGGGUGUUUCAUUUAAAAAUUUAAAAAUUAUUUUUGCUCAGUACUUUAAAACUAUUCGACAUAUCCUUUUCAUACUUGGUAGAAAGUGUAGAUACUAUACAUCCUAUGAAAUUAUGUUAAAUACAGGUUUCCGGCUAUUACCAGAGGCGUACGACAGGCGUACAGGGGAAAGCAAAUGGUUGAUCCUUCCCAAAUUCUACGUCACUGGUGAAAUUGUCAUUUUAGCACAAUUUUCUAAUUUUCCAAUAUUGUCUAUGUAAAUAACAUCCUCUUUACUCGUGACGAUAAAGUCAUUAGUUUUCGAGAUAUUUGAAGUUAAACAUGUAACGGCAUAGUUAUGUAGUUAUUUUAAUUAAUAUAUUGUGCCGCUUAAUUUUUAGUUUCAAAUAUCUCAAAAAUUAAUGAUUUUAUCGUUAAGAAUGAAUAAUAUACUCUUUAGUCUUAACGAUAAAAUCAUUAGCUUUUUAGAUAUUUGAAAUUAAAAAUUAAGCGGCACAAAACCUUAAACAAAAUAAAAUAACUGUGCCGUUACAUGUUUAACUGCAAAUAUCUUAAAACGAAUGACUUUAUCGUUACGAGUGAAGAGUAAGUUAUUUACAUUGAGAGUAUGGGAGAAUCUAAAAAUUGCGCUAAAAUGGCAAUUUCGCCAGUGACGUAGAAUUUGGGAAGGGUCAACCAUUUGCUUUCUCCUGUACGCCUGUCGUACGCCUCUGGUAAUAGCCGUAAACCUGUGUUUAACAUAAUUUCAUAGGGUGUAUAGUACCUACACUUUCUACCAAGUAUGAAAAGGAUAUGUCGAAUAGUUUUAAAAUACUGAGCAAAAAUAAUUUUUAAAUUUUUAAAUAAAACACCCUGUAACUCAAUAAGGAGCCAUAUUUUAUUGAAGUGAUUUUAAAUCUUAAUAUUUUGAGGUCUAGAAUCGACAACUCAAUUGGACAUUCUUAAUGAAACCCCCUCUAUAAGAAAAACUAUAUCUUUUACUAUAAGGAAAAAAAAAGAAGAAAAAACGACAAAAAAAAUUUGGUAAUUAGUGAAAAAUUCCCAGGAACCGGAUUAUCGGAACAGCAUUUCAAAAUGUUUAAUCCCCGUGACGUUAUUAAAAAAACAAAUUAUAAACAAAUUAGAACAAUUUUCAAAUGUCAUUUUAGAGGGGAGUUAAUUGAAAUUUGAAUUUAUCAAUACAUUUAUCGAAAAUAUACAUAGAAAUAAAAGUAACGAGGUUUUUUUACACAGUUUUAUAUUAUUUUGGUAACAACCGCGUUUUGCAAUUGAAAAUAUAGUAACAUUUGAUAAACAAAUGAAAUAUCUCAUAAAUUAUUAAAUAUUUUUUAACCAAUUUUUUUUUGCUUAAUACUGGUAAUAUAGCGCAACUUCUCCUAUUAAAUAAAAUAAUUUAUAGUGCUUAUUUAAAACGCAAAAAAUACUUUUUUGCAAAUUUGAUUUUUAAAUUUUAUAUAUAAUUAUUUAAAUACAUUGGGUGUCAAAUUUAAUUUAGUAAGUUUUAGGUAAAAGAUUUAUCCUUCAGCUUUAUAGAAAAAAACCCUAAAGACCUUCAUAACAUGUAAAUUACCUCAGCAGUUAAAAAAAGUUAAUAUUGUGCAAAAAUUACCCCUUUUUAAUUAUUUAAACAAUGAUCCCCUUAUAUGAUUUGGAUACUUUCUUGAAAAUAUCUUUUGUACUCACCUAAACUUUGAUAUAAAAUUUGUUCCAACCUGUACGAAUUUACAUUUUGAUUUACAUGUGAGUCGAUCAUAAAGUAGGUCCGAGAACACGUAGCAGCGAAGUAGGAGGAUCCGCAAUGACAAUUUUAGGUCUCUGUUACAUAAUACUUUGGACAUCCAUCGAAAAGCGGCUCUCACCUGCUCAAUAAUUGUGGAUCUAAUUUUACCGCGAAUCUCUGCGUUACAACCUGAUAUCAAUCUUUUUACGCUUUAUAAAAAUAAACUUUAGCAAAACGUUAGUAAUCUUACUUUUAACUAGUAAAAGGCUCCAUGCUCAUGUCAAAACAUGACAUCGGAAAUUUAGUCUUGCGCGUUUUUUCUGUGCAUUUUUUUAUUUGUACUUUUUUCCGAACACAGUUCUGUAAAUUAGCCUUCCUUUACUAAGCAUUUUUUGCCAUAGCUGUCUAUGAACAAAUUUGACGCGGUUUGUAAGUAUUCAUUUUAUAAAUAACAUUUUGACAAUGCUGUAGUUUAUUUAGUAGAAUAAAAUGAAAAUAUUUUUAUAUUUUGCAAAAAAUAUUUAUUUUUGUUACACACGUUUUAUGUUAUGUCUCCGUCUUUAAUUAAACCAUAGCAUUUUGGAGGGUAUGGAAAUAAAUUAAUAAUUAUAACAAUUCAUCUUUUAUUUGGUUUUUUGCUAGUUUUGAUUAUUAAUUCGGUAAAUAAUCAUAAAAACUCAUUAUAAAAAAUUAAUUAGAAAAUAUAUACUUUAUAAACAUGUAUAAUAAAUUUUUAAUUGUAAGAAUGUUAAUGAAUGUUAAAUUUAAAAUGCCCGCAUUGAGGGCAAGACGAUUUUGUAUUAUUGAAAAUGCAGUACGGGUAUGAUACACGGGUAAAGGAAAAUAGUUUGACCGAUUAAUAACAUUCAUAUAAUUAGCUUCAAUUUUAAAUACACAGAAACUUUUGUUUAACGUUGAAAAUUUGUUGUAUGAAUGUUAAAUUCGUCAUACACAUAUGAAUUUUUAUCUGAAGUUUUGAACUAGCUUAAAAUGAUUUUUGUGUACAUUGUGUUAUUAAAAUUAUAAAAACAUAAUUGAUUGACCAAAAUGUCGGUUGGUACAAAAAUACGUUUUUUGCAAAAUGAUAAUAAAUUAUAUCAAAUACUUCUGUAGUUUUAGUUUUAAUCUUGCUACUUAAAAACAUGACAUAAAGGAGAUUUAUCGCACUUUUAGCAAAUAUGUUGCAAAAAGACAAAAAUACGUUGAAAUGUAUGUGAUUAUAUGUUUGUUAAUGUGAUCGUUACUUGUAUAUUAUUUGUUAAUAACACAAGAAGCUAUACACUGGUACUUAUAACUGAAACAGUAAAAAUUUUGUUAUAAAAUUGUUUUGUUUUAAUUAAUUAUUAUUUGCAAAAUUGGUGCCAAAUUGGUCCAGUAAUUGAGGGCUUUCAUUUGACACAUGUGUUCAGCUUGGGUAAUAAAUAUGUGUAUUUUACUACAGAGUGCGUCAAAAGUAGAGUCGAAUAUUUCGCGAAAUGGACAUCGGAUCAAAAAACUAAAAAAUACCUGUUCAAUAUUUUCCAAAAAUCGAUCGAACAACAGCCAACACGACUCCACACUUUAUCCCCCUGGAGAAGGGGUGGGGAAUAACUUUUAAAUCUUAAAUAGAAACCCCCAUAAUAUUUUUUUAAAAUUUCUCGAGUAACACCAAACACGACCCCAUACUCCCACCCUUUGGGAGUGGGCCAAGAAACAACUUUGAAAUCUUAAAUGGAGAACCACAUUUUUCCAAUGGAGAACCAAGUUUUAUCUGAAUUUUUUCUAUUCGCGAUAGAAAAAAUUGCGCUGUAAUCACAGAAACACCUAUACAAAUCCAAAGUCUGGGAACUAAUUUUUAUAGUAUGGAAUAGUUUUUUAAGAAUGUUUUGUAGAAUCAGAAUCUACAUUAACAUUUGGGUGUUCCUAUUAAAGAUUUCGAAGUUACCCCAACCCCACUUCCAGGGGAUGGAGUGUGGAGUCGUGUUUGGUGUCAUUCGAUAGAUUUUUGAAAAAUAUUGAACACGUAUUUUUCAGUUUUUGGAUCCGAUGUUGAGUUGUAUGUACUAUUUUUUUUAUAAAUAUUGAAAGGGUUUAAUUUGAUAUGCUUUUUGUUGAAACAAAUAAAAUUUUAAAAACUUUAGUAGCGAAUAUUCCCUCCUCUGGCAGCGAUAAUAACUUGUAAACAACGAUGCAUGCUUUGGAUCACAUUUUGGAUCAAAUUCUGCGGAAGAUUGUUCCAUUUCUGCACCAAUAUGUCGCCAAGCUCUCUUGACUUUCUUUUGCCCCCCACAUUACUCCGUAAACGUUUUUUCAGCUCAUCCCAAACAUGUUCCAUGGGAUUAAUAUCUGGACUGCGAGCAGGCCAAACAAAUUGUAUGAUUUGAACUUCCCCAAGCCAAUAUGUCGCCAAGCUCUCUUGACUUUCUUUUGUCCCCCACAUGACUCCGUAAACGUUUUUUCAGCUCAUCCCAAACAUGUUCCAUGGGAUUAAUAUCUGGACUGCGAGCAGGCCAAACAAAUUGUAUGAUUUGAACUUCAAGAUCUGACCCUCCACUAAAUAGAAGUCGCUCGACAACACAUACUUGAGCAUAUCUCUCGCCUGGACAUUGCCACACUCUUACAAGUUUGUCUGAGCCCAUAAGACAGAAUCUCCGUAUUGUCCAAGCUGUGUUUUCGUGCAAAAUUAAUAUAAUACGGCAAACGUAUUAUAUAGGUAUACUUAUCAGAAUGAAUUAACACUAAUGCACUAUAACAGCCUUUUGCAGUCUGCUUAUUAUAUCAUCGUGUAACUGGAACCUACUUCAUGUAAACAGUUAAUACUCCCCAUUUUUUGUGAUGUAUUUUUGAAUAAACGUUAUACCUACUGUCAUCGUACGUAUGAUCUAGGUAUUGUGAAUUAUAAACCGUCUUACGUAAUGUUACGGUAAAUGGUAGCUCACAAACUAUUUUAACAGUUAAUAUUGUUGCCUCCCUCUAUUUGUUGUUUCCUUUCCGCUAUCCGGCUUGAAGGACCAUGUCUAAUCUUCGUGCUCAGUGGAGGUUGAUCUUCAGUAAUAGAAACGCCAAUAGGACUUAUAAAAUUUAUUGAUAGCGACUGACACCAGGGUAGUUACCACGAGAGAACGUUGAGUACUGAUAUGUGGCUUGUACGUGAAUUAGUUGAAGACCCUAUAAUACUACAUGUUGGAUGUAUGAAGAAAUGAAGUUAAAGGUACAUCUGGCCUGGUUGAGUUGAUUCUAAUGAAUAAUUCUAAAAUGUAUUCUCUCUUGUUGGCAACAUGAAUUGGGUCAUAGCCCACACUACAAAAAGAACAAAGGUUUUACUUUGUCAGCUAAAUUAAUGUCCAUUGUAAAAAAAAAUGUUUAUGAAUUGCAACAAUUAAACAUAUGAAAUAACCCGCACAUGUUUAAAUAUAAUAACAAAUUGGCUGAUGUGAUAUAAGGGGUGACAAAAAUAUACUGUUAAAUGCGGAUAUGAAUAAUGAAUGUUUGAGAUUUAACACCUCUUCGAAUAUUGGUACGUUCUAUUUAAUUUAGUUUUAUGACGAAUGUGUUUUCGUUGUAUAUCCAGCUCUCUUCUUUUUUUUCUUUGGACAGUUUUGGUUUUUAAGAAAUUCUUGAAUAUUUUUAUACAAUUAUAAAAUUUUUCUUUAAAAUAACAAGUGACUGUGCCCUUCUUAAAGACCGACAUUAUUGUGUUAAUCUGCCAAAUGAGUGAUUAUUUUUCAGUGAAACUUAAAGGGCUAUAAUAGUGUAAAAGUAAGAAAUUCAUAUACUUUUUUGGGAAUUUCUAAAAUAAAAAGUACUCUACCAGUUGUUUUGAAAAUUUGCAUAGCAUAUAUUAUAAAAAUAAGUAAAUGUAAAAAAAUUCAUAAAAAAAAUUAAAAUUAAACGAUAUAUGCGUCAUCUUCGUACUUUUACACUAGGAUAGCCUCUUACAGUACCAGAGAGUGUGUAAGUUCUACUUAUCAGAAAUAUCUUACGCUUAUUUGUAAUGCCAGAAUAUUAACUGUAAACUGUUAUUUUACAAAAACUACUGGACAAUACAAUUAAUUAAAACGGGAUAGUUCCCGGGAAUGGAUGUAUACCAUAUAGUUUAAUAACUCUUUAACAUCGAAGUAAAAAACUCCUUAGUAAGAGGUAUUGAAAAUUAAAAUGUUAAAAAUCCAAAUGAAUUACAUAAAUGUUCAAAACGUUUUCGGACCUAUCAGUCCAUCCUCAGUAAACCUGAAAAGGUAUAACUCUAAUCCCACUUAAUGAAAUUGAAAAAUGUGGUUGAAAUUUUGAUUGUUAAUAAAAAUGUGGUUAUGAUUACUUACUCUUAUUACUUAAGUAAUAGCCCCAGAACCAAACAGUGGUUGGAUUUAAUAUGAAAUUUUCAUUGUGAAAUUGUAAAAUUGAAACUGCUUAAAGCCGAUGUUAAUAGAUAACUACCGGGAACAUGAAGAAUCCCUACCCGAAAAUAAUCAACACAAACCUUUUGAUCUACAUUCGUUUGCCAAAUGGGUCUAAUAAGAAUAGACUAGGUAAGGUAUACUUACCUUACGUAAGGUAUAAGAGAGAGAUAGAUAGACCACCUAACCACUGCUCGGCGUUACACUAUUUUGCCUGCCAUGCCUAGUCUAUUCUUAUUAUAUUCUUAUUAUGGUAUAAUAUGCGGAAGUAAUUAAAUUGUCAGUGACAAUGACAUUAAGGAAAAGGUAGUCAAUUUUAAAUGAGUUGACUGUUAUGAUCAAGAUUUUAUAGAUCAACUCAUUUAAAAUUGACUACCUUUUUUCUGAAUGUCAUUGUCACUGACAAUUCAAUUACUUCCGCAUAUAGGCCAUUCCAACAUGCUGUCAAAAUGAAAUCAAUCUGGCAGCGGGGAGGCAAACAUAAAUGUUAUUCUAUCGGUUCUUAAUGUGUUUUAGAUCAUUUUAGUUGCGUUCCUUUGUAAUUUUGUUUUGUACAAGGAUUAAUUUAACAUUCUCACUAAAAGAAUUAAUCUAAAAAGAUAAUAUUCCUCAUUUCUGUUGUGUUUUGAAGUGUGCAAUGCGAAGUAUUCAUGAUAAAGUUCGGUUUUACCAUCAGUACUACAUUUUAAGCGCAAAACAACUAAGUAAGUUAUAAUCCGAGAGACAAAAACAAUAGUUAAAUGCUAUAAAACGUCCUAUAAAAUGCUAAAUAACUAACUAUAUCCAUGUUACUUACGCUUGGAAAACGUCUAAACUGUAGGUUAACUCACAGCCCUUGAGGGAAAGUGGACCUAUAUUAGUGGAAAGUGGUUAUUUUGCCAAUCUUUUGCUUGUACCUACCACUGUACGUUUAGAUACCUACUAACAACAUUUGUAUUGUCUACCAACAACUUUAUAUGCACUCAUGUUUAUUCAUUCACUGCUUAAAACUAAAUAAAGUCGUUCAAGUACUUCUACACGUAAAAACUACACAAGAUCAAAAAAAUUUUCGGAGAAUACAACUAAAAAACUUAACAGUAAAAAAGGUAAGAAACAUGUGGUGCAAAUAAUAUAAACAAACAUAAUCUUUGACAGUUUUGCCUCCCAAACGUUAAAGUCUUGGAAUACCCUAUUAAAAACGUUUGUGUUGAUUAUGUUCGGCUAGGGAAUCUUCACUUUCCCGGUAGUUAUCCAUUAACAUCGGCUUUAAGACGUUUUAAGUUUACAGUUUCACAAUCUGAAUUACAUAUUAAAUCCAACCACCGUUUGGUUCUGGGGCUAUUAAGCAAGUAAUACGAGAAGUUAUCACAACCACAUUUUUAUUAACAGUCAAAAUUUCAACCACAUUUUUCAAUUUCAUUAAGUGAGAUUACUUAUUGCUUUUAGGUUCACUGAGGAUGGACUGAUAGGUCCGAAAACGAUUUGAACAUUUAUGUAAUCCGUUUGGAUUUUUUAAAAUGUUAAUUUUAAAUUAAAACUAUACCUAUUACGAUAGAGUUUUUUGCUUCGAUGUUGAGAGUUACAUACAAUUAAUAUCUUUAAUCAAAAUAAAUAUAACAUUAGAUGUAAUCGUUGAAAUUUAUUGAAAAGUUUUUUGCAAUAUAUUUGCUUUAAGCGGAAAUAUGUUUUCCGUUGACUACGUAUCAUGAAACAUUCAUUUUUCCAUUCGGUAAAUUACUGUUUUUUUAUAUAUAUAAAAAUAUGCACGUUGUAUAUCUUUUAUUUUUGUAAAAAACAUUGUUGAUAUUUACAAGAAAAAAUAUUAAAAUAUGUCGAAAAAAGUUCAUUUGCUACUGUAAGUAUUUACUAUGUGAUUUUUCACUUAAACUUAGAUAUAUACAUACAUGUACAGUAUGAAAUCAUUUUAUGUUUUAGACUUUAAAUGUUAAGCUUCUACUAGUCAAACAAAGUAUGUUUAAUGUUAUAUGAAAAAGUAUUUCUUUAUUACCAAGUUAUUUAAGAUUAUAUGCUUUUCGUUUUUUAUUAAGAAUAAAUUUAUUUUUUCUGUA